GAUUAUCAUUGCCAACAACUGCCCUCCACUUAGGAAGUCGGAGAUCGAAUAUUAUGCCAUGUUGUGCAAGGUUGGAGUUCACCACUACAAUGGAAACAAUGUAGACUUGGGCACUGCCUGUGGUAAAUAUUUCAGAGUGUGCUGCCUCAGCAUCAUCGACCCGGGUGAUUCUGAUAUAAUUAAGAGCAUGCCCGGAGAUCAUUAAGCUACUGAGGAAGAUUGUUCCGUUCUAGUUUAUAUCUUUUCUGAACCUUCUUUUUGACGGUC